AAAAUAAAUAAUUUAAGUUGAAACAAAGCGUGACGCGUCACGAGGCCGUCAGUAGUGACGCCCCCAGUGGCCCCGCCCUCCAGGAGGAGAGCGCACAUUCCUAUUGUCCAAGAUGGCGGCGGCGGCGCGGGUCCGUGAAGCGACAUGUUUUUAAACCAGUUUUUCCUGUUUUUAUUCACACGCACGCUGAUUCUCGGAGUCUGCAGCCGGAGCGAGUCGCUACCGGAGCCGGUGUCCGCCGCCCUAUCGCCCCCACAGCCCUGAAGCCCGCUGCCCGGGCCGGUCCCCGCUGCAGCCCCCGGAAAGUUGGAGCUCCAUCCCCCAGUGAAAAUGAAGCGGCAGGCCGGGAGGGAGGCGAGUCCGUCCAGGGCCGCAGCCAAACGGACCCGGGAGAGGGAGCGAGAGAGCGCCCGGAGAGAGGAGCUGCCGCCGCCGCCGCCGCCGCUGGCUCUGCUGCUGGCGGAGAGCCGGGGAUACCACCGCCGCAGCCGGAGCAGGGAGCGAGAGAAGCCGCGGGUCAGGGAGGAGCGGGCGGCCGCUCUGGAGCUCCACCACCGACACGAGCUCAGCCUCCUCGGCCGCCCGCCGCUCCGCACCACGGCGGCCGAGCUGCCCGCAGCCAGGCCGGGGACCCUGGAGUACAAGACGCUGCUCAUCAGCAACCUGGGCUCGCAGGUGUCGGACGAGGACGUGGAGGACGCGCUGUUCCACGAGUUCAAAAAGUUCGGGGACGUCAGCGUGAAGCUGUCGCACACGCCGGAGCUGGGCCGGAUCGCAUACGUCAAUUUCCGGCAGCCGGAGGACGCCAAGGAGGCCCGGCACGCCAAGUCCUCCAGGCUGGUGCUGGGGGACCGGCAGCUGAAGAUCGAGCCCAUGUACGUCAGGAGGCGGAGUGUGACGCCGCCGGACGUCGGUUAUUUACCGCUGCACCCACCGUACAGACAGCGGUCCCUGUCCCCGCCGGGCCCCGCGGUCAGCAUCAGGGACCUGAGAGCCAGACACUACGCCCUGGAGACCCUGGGUCUGGGCAGGGACCGGGACAGGCUGCUGGACUACUACGGUAUGUUGGAUGAGAGGGGUCGACCCUACGGCCUCCCCAUGCCCGUGGUGGAGGAUCUGAAACCCGAGGACGACCAGAGGGCGACCAGCAACCUGUUCAUCGGAAACCUGGACGGUAACGUUACAGAGGUGGAGCUCAGGAGGGGGUUCGAGAAGUACGGUGUCAUUGAGGACGUGGUGAUCAAACGUCCGGCUCGUGGACAGGGUGGAGCUUAUGCUUUUGUCAAGUUUCAGAACCUGGACAUGGCCCAUCGAGCCAAAGUGGCCAUGCAGGGCCGGAUGAUUGGUGGAAACCCCAUUAAGAUUGGUUAUGGCAAAGCUAACCCCACCACUCGACUGUGGGUGGGCGGCAUCGGUCCUGGAAACUCCCUCGCGGCUCUUGUUCGGGAGUUUGAUCGGUUUGGAAGCAUCAGGAAUAUCGACUAUGUCAAAGGGGACAGUUUUGCUUACAUCCAGUAUGAAAGUCUGGACGCUGCUCAGGCCGCCUGCUCCCAGAUGAGGGGUUUUCCUUUGGGCGGCCCCGAGCGGCGUCUGAGGGUGGACUUUGCUAAAGUUGAGGAAAGCCCCUCUCGGCCGUUUCCCCCUGGUUAUCAGCCCCCUGUGGUGCUGCCCUCCAGCUACGACCUCCUCGGCGAGGCCUUCAGCCGCCACCGCAGCCUGGAGCGAGAGCUGAGGGGAGCCAGGGACCGCCCGUCACCGCCCUCCCACAGCGCCCCGUCCCAGAGGGAGAGAGACAGGCCGGUGCUGGAGAGAGACUACCCCACCAGCCCGACCCGCAGCCUGGAGCGGAGAGCGGGAGGCGUGGAAGCAUUUGGGAGGAGCGGGAGAGGAGCGAGGAGCCGCAGCAGGAGCAGGGAGCGAUGGCUGAAGGAGAGGGAGGAGAGGAGGAAUCGGAGGAGGAGUCGGAGCAGGAGUCUGUCCACUGAUCGGCAGGCGGGGGAGAAGGAGAAAGAGAAGGAGAAGGAGAGGGGACGAUCGAGGGUUCGAGGUCCAGGAGGCGUCGUCUCUCCAGACGCGAGUCCAGACCGAGCGAGGGUCCGAGCCCCCGACUCCACCACCGAGCCGAGAGACCACUCCCCCGACAGCGGUGCAGGAGGCCGCCAGGCUGCCAUAAACGAAGAAGAGCCACCGCCCAGUCGCCACCACAGCAAGAGGUCGUCCAGCGUGCAGCUCAACAACCAUCACCAUCGAAACAGCGAGGUCAUCGCUGCCAGCUCUCCCGCCACCCACACAGACACGCACACCUCCUCCUCUCCGAGCACGCUGUCCGAGUUCGCCCACGCCUCUCUCUCCAAAACGUGGCACGGCUUCUUCGCUCUGAAGAACAGCAGCUUCCCCACAGAGCUGUACCUGCUGGAGGGCGGGCCGGCAUUCUUCACCGCGGUGAUGAAGGAGACCCUGAAGCAGCAGAGCCAGAACCAGCCCAGCCAGCUGAAGAUUGCCCAGCGGCUCCGCAUGGACCAGACCCGGCUGGACGAGGUGUCGCGCCGCAUCAAACUGGGACGUCCCGACGGGUUCGCCAUCCUGCUGGCCCUCCAGGGCCCCGUCGACCGCCAGGCCCCGGCCCCUGAGCCGGGACUGCAGGUGCGCCUGCUCCGCCACCUGGUGACCUACCUGCGGAACAAGGAGGCGGCCGGAGUCGUGAGCCUCCCGGCUGCGAAGGAGGGCGGUCCCGGGGCGAUGCUGUACGCCUUCCCCCCCGGAGAGUUCUCUCAGCAGUACCUGCAGGCUGCCAAGAGGACUGUGGGUAAUCUGGACGAGGAGCACAUGGUGAUUGUGAUCGUCACCGACACUAAUUGAUUUUAUCACAGUACAUGAACAAACACACACACACACACACACACACACUCGCCGGGCGACUACAGACUUCCAUGUUUUUAAAAAGAUGCAUUUUCUUGUUUUAUUCAGUGUCUUAUGAACUAAACACAGCGACUGACACUACAUCUCUUCACUCUUGGAUCACUUUACGUCUCCUCCCUCGGACGCCGCCUCGUCAGCCCGUGUGUCGGUGGUGACACACUAACACUGAGGGGUCGGUUUUAUGCUUGUUAACUUUAUUUGUGUUUUAUCAUGGAGCUGAAUUUACCAGGUUGUUUCUUUAUAUCCGACACACGUGGGACUAAGAGGUUUUCUACAAAGUGAUUGUACUGUGAACUCGCAGGUUCAAACUGUCGUCAGGUGUUUGUAUUUUUAUUCUGUGUUAAAAGCUCCAGUAGAGACAGACGAACAUUUCCUGACCCGUCCCUGUGACUGUUUACUUUUCACAGUGUUUUUAUCAGUUCAACCAUUCCACUUUUACAGUGCGAGUGUCUGUUGCAUGCAGGAAAAGAAAAGAACAAGUUUUAUAUUAAAAUGUAUGCUUCCUUUUCAAUAUGCUGUAGGAUGUUUCUGUUUGUAAUCUACUGGUACGAGGUGGGAUGACAUCACCUGCUCGGGUUUUAUAUCGUAGCUCGACUUUUAUUCAGUUUUAAAACAUCGAUUCCUCAUUUUUGACCCAUUCUUUGUUUUUCUUCUCAUCUGCUGCCUCAGCUUUAAAGUUUAGUCCCGUCUCUUAAAGCAAACAUCGUCCUCAGGCGGUUUUAGUUUGAAUAAAACCACAAAGUGUCUUUGAGGAGAUGAAUUCACACAAACAUACCAACGACAUGUGGUCAUUUACUUUAAUUCACCUGUGGAAGAGUUUAAGUCUUUAACACUAAUUCUAACUCUUGUGUUCACUUUAUUUUUUUAACAUCAGCAUUUAGUACCAAGAUACUAUUUUUAAAUACAACUGACUUAAACAAAGUUUUUCCACCAAGAUGUUAUUGAAUGAAAAAUUUGACACUAAAGAUUUAAAAAAUAAAACAUGGAGACGAUUGUUGUUGAUGUGAAAUGUUGGAAACGUAAGUGUUGUGCAGUUCUUUUAACCGAACAAGUUUGUUUGUUGUGAGAGGAUGAUGAGGACGUGUGUAGUGGAGAGGUUCUUUCAAUCUAAACCUGGUUCUCAACAGCAGGAAACGCUGCGUUCACUGACACCAGGAGUCGAGGACUCCACACAAGCAGCUGAAUGUGUAAAGGUUGAGAAGAAAUAUUCAAAAUGUACGAAACACAUGUAGGUGUGGUUCUAAAAUAUAAACUCAGUGUGGUUGAACAUCUGCAGGUAGAAAGGAGAAGGCAGGUUUAUUCAUCUGAAGAUGAUUUUAUCAAUUAGUCUGUUAAUUAUUUCAUUGAUAAAAAAUAAAAAUAAAAACUAUUUCAAAACUUGAUUUUUUUGUAUAUUUUAGGAUUCACAGGAAGAAUCUGAGUCUUCACUAAAGAAGUUUUAGUUUUGGGCCUGAACGCUGUGAACCGCCAUGUUGGAGAAAUCUGUCUGUUCAUCAGAUCCGCUGCAGAAAGUCUUCUUCCUCGGAUCCUCACCCACUCAAGCAGAACACUCACAGAUCACUUCAGCAGUUUGUCUGUAAAUCUGCUGAAGAUUAAACAGCAAUGAAAAUAUAUGGAAACAAACACUAAACUCAC